UUAGAAGCUGGUAAAUGUCCAAACAAGCGAUGUCGGCCGGUGUUUCAAUCUCUCUGUUUAUAUUAGGAAUUUUAUCGAUUUCACAGCCAUGUCAGGCCCGAUUAUACAACUUAACCGACGAAAUAGUUUUACUAGAUAACACUACUAUAAAAGGAGUCAUUUACGACAGUCCAGUUGCGUGGAUUAUAGAGUUUUAUUCCAGUUGGUGCGGUCACUGCCAAGCUUUCGCUCCGACAUGGAAGAAAUUAGCUCAAGUUGUUCAAGAUUGGAAGAGUGUUAUAAGAGUUGCAGCAAUAGACUGUGCAGAAGAAAGUAACUUAGAUACAUGCAGAGAAUUUGGUAUUGAAGCUUAUCCAACUAUCAAGUUUUUUAAUGCAUCUACAAAGAACAGAAAUAAUUUAGGGAAAGAUUUUGACAAUGGAGAUAAGACAUUUCUCAACCUUUUACAUGAGAUCGUCAGAGUGGUUGAUUACCAGGACCCAAAGUUGCUGGAAAACCCGAAACCUAACUUUACUCCAUUGCAUGAGUCAGAACUAGAUGAGCCCAGUGGGGAGCAAAAGUAUCAAGUGCUAGUAUUUGAAAAGGAAUCAUCAUUUGUUGGAAAAGAGCUCGCCUUGGAUAUGCAGUUGUACCCUAGUGUCUCACUUAGAAGGGUUCUCGACACAGAGACUGCACUAGUUGACAAGUACCAGAUUACUGACUUUCCCGCCAUCGUGUUUAUUGAGAAGGGAUACUUCAGAGAGUUAUCAGAAGGACUUCCACAGAGUCAGAGAACCCACGCUGACUUUAAGCGAAAGUUGCAUCGCCGCCUCGGAAAGAAAUUGCGCAAGACGUUCCCAGAGAUACCUGCAGCACAGCGUGCAUAUGAGCACUUCGCCAAGCUUCAUGGGGGCCCUAUAGCCUUCCACAAGCUUACCGGAAGCAGCUCGGAUGUUUACCUGAAGGACAUGGUCAGUGGUCUGUCUUACAUGCUAUGGAACGAGAUCCCUAUGAAAAAGGAGAUCAAAGGAGACGCACUGAAAGCCCUGAAGAACUUUUUUGGUCUCAUCUCUGAGUGUUUCCCUGGUAGUCGCACCACAUCAAUGUUAUUCCGUCAUCUGGCGAACAAAAUAUCCAGCAAGCUCCUGACGAAGCUCCGAUCCAAGGAUUUCCUCAACAUAGCUACGACCACAAAUGAUAUGAUAGAGCACGACGCGCCUCUGCCUCAUAAGGUGGAAUGGCAAGCGUGUCAAGGAAGCAGUCCGCGAUAUCGUGGCUAUCCUUGUACUCUCUGGACGCUCUUUCACGUCCUGACUGUGAAUUGUAAGAAAGGAGACCAAAAUACCCCACCGGGCUUACGCACUCUGCUCCACAUCCGGGAAUACAUCCGCCAUUUCUUCACGUGCUCUUAUUGCGUAAAACAUUUCACUAAGAUGGCAGAGGACAUUGAGGACACGGUGAAGUCACGUGAUGACGCCAUCCUAUGGCUAUGGCAAGCACACAAUAAGGCAAACAAGCGCCUCCAUUUGGACGAAAGUGAGGAUCCGAAAUUCCCGAAAAUCCAGUUUCCCUCAGAUGACAUAUGCGCAAAUUGUCGUGACGACCAAUCGCAGUGGAAGGAACACAUGGUGUUGAAGUUUCUCAAGGAUCAUUACGGCAAAGAUAACAUCAGAAUCAAGAAACACAAGAAAGGACCACCAGAACUUGACGACGCGGAUCUAGAAUUUGCCGACUACUAUUUGCGAGAGACACAAGAGAACCACAAACUAGACGACGAAGUUGAGACGGAUCCAUUCUUGGAGACGGUCUAACGGACUUGACAUGCGCACGCGCGGAACGCACGUUUCUAUGACAACGACUGUGACGCCAUACUACUACUACUGUGACCUCAUAUACACUACGUCACCAUCACGCGCCUCUAGUGGACUUAGUUUGCAUGCCUUUGUACUUGCGCUGAUUUUGCCAAAUGCGUGAGUAAUGUUUGAUGAAGAGAUGUUGCUUGGAACAUGCGCUGUUUGCUAUUUUUAUGAUAGUAGCAGGCGGUGUGCAUGUGGAAAACGUUUUUCAAGGUGCGCGCGUGUGAACAAGCCUACGCUGCAGCUGCGCGUGUGUACAGAUACUCGGAGUGGCUGGGGGUGUUUGCUUGGCAACCAAGAAUAGAGUUGAUUCAUGGUGAAUGGCUUUUCAUGAUUGAUUAACAACGUGUGAUAUCAGAAGGAUUUCAUUCGAAUGGCAUGGUAAAAAAGAAAAAAAAAAUCAAUGCGUCAAGAAACUAUAUACGACCAGAGAGUUAAGGUGCUGUUAAAUACAUUCUCCAAAGGACUGUAAAAGUAAGCUGUUUUUGAAGAAUGCUGUGUUUCGUUUAGAUAGCAUCGUUAGUUUGUUUCAACUAAAUCCCGCGUAAAUAACGCCGAAAUUGCUGACCAAACAACCAACAUUGCUGGUUGAGCAGUACAGUACGGCGUUACCUGCACCCGACGUUGAGGUGCUACGAAGUAGGUCGCAACAUUUUCCUUGUCUUGUGGGCAGCUGAGCGUAUGGGUGCCAGAAAUACUAGCUGUCUUUGGCACAUUUUAAGUGCUAUUGUCAGGGAAAGCACUCAUGUCAUUUAAAGCCGAAUAUGUUGGACGAGGUUUCAAUUGUAUUUGUUAAUUCGAAAUAACCAGCAGAAGUGAUAUCGAUGUGGCGUAUGUGACCUCAAUGGUUACCCUAUGAGAAAGGUGUCAUCCGUUUGUGGAGUUUAGCUAGUUGAGAUGGAAGUAAAGCCACUGUAAAUCAGUUUCGCAUGGAUUUGCUCUUUUUUUCGUAGGCCACAAUCAGAGUAGAGACUCGAUGUACACUGUGGAUAUCAAAGAAAGGUUAUUUGAUAUCGACAAUGAGAUCUCUAGACCAUAGUUUUCCUUUUUCACUAAUAGGCGAUUUUCUUUUAGAAAUCGCGUGACAAACUUUGUGCGCGAUUCUACUUGUGGCGACGAAAUAACAACAACAAAAGUGACUUACUCGGCGCUAACGAAUCAGCCAGAAAGUGCCUUUUAGGAAAGGGCUUACGCUCUUUGGCGAGAAAGGCGCGCCAUAUGAAGAAACUAUUGUCGUUUUAGGGGUCUGGUACCGAUGAAUUUAGUUUCUUUUCAGAAGCUUUCUCCAUUAACUAAAAAUGGUCACAGGCACUGUUUUUUUCUUUUGAAUACAAUUCAUAAAGUUUGCGAAGCACCUGCGGUACGGCAGCCUUAAAAAUGACAAGAAUCGAGCAGGUUUUCCAAAUAAGGAAUAUAUUACUUUCCUUGUAUAGAAGUGACCGCGUCUGGGAAAAACGACAAUUUUUGGCUAAAUUUUCUUGAUAUGGCAUACAUUUCUGUGCUUAUUUUUGGCUUCAAUUCGCCACUCAAAAGGUCUUGUGGUUUAAGUAAACUGUGGCUUACGGAAAACUCGUGGCAUAGCCCCUCAACUAAGAUUUAUAAGAGCUCAUAUAUUUUUUAUGAUAGGUUAAGGUAGAUUAAUCGUAGCAGAAAUGAUUUUGUGAUAACGGGUGGCGCAUGCGCAGGCGCUAACUCGUUGUCCAUGAUGCUUUGUAUAACAGUACACGCUCGUAUAGAGUACACGCGUACAAAACAAUAAAAUUCUGGAUCGUUAUGAUCUUAGAGUAUAUAAUAUUUCGCGACUGAAAUAAAAUAAAUUUACAGAAUAUGA